AUGCGCCCCCCUCUUCGGAUCGCCGUCCUGGAAUGCGACACCCCGCUCCCCAACAUCGACGCCCGCUACGGAGGCUACGCAGGCGUCUUCACUUCGCUACUAAAGGAGAGUGCAAAAGCUCUAGACGGUCCUGACAAAUUGGACCCGGAGAGUGACCUAGUUAUCUCGAAAUGGGACAUUGUGAACGGCGAGGAAUACCCGAAACUCGAAGACAUCGAUGCCGUGCUACUGACCGGAUCAAAACACAACUCCUUUGAAGAUAUUCCCUGGAUCCUCCGUCUGGUCGAAUUCACACAGCAAGUCCUCGCGCAGGACCGAGUGCGCAUCCUCGGAAUCUGCUUCGGACACCAAAUCAUCGGACGUGCUAUGGGCGCAAAGGUUGGACGAAGCGACCAGGGCUGGGAAAUUGCUGUCUGCGAUAUGGACUUGACCGAUAAAGGGAAAGAGUUGUUCGGCCGGGAUAAAAUCCGCAUUCAACAGAUGCACCAAGACAUCGUCUCCACCUGUCCACAGGGCGUCACUCUCCUCGGCCACUCGCCGCGCUGCGCGAUCCAAGGCAUGUAUCUGCCCCGCCGAUUCAUCAGUGUCCAAGGACACCCGGAAUUCACGGGAUGGAUGGAGACAGAGAUUAUUCAGACCAGGGCAAAGGCGGGCAUCUUCAAGGAGGAAAUGGCCCAAGACGGUCUCAGCAGAACCGACAAUGAACAUGAUGGUGUUUCGAUCGGGACGACUUUCCUGAAGUUCCUACUGGAGGAGUAA